AUGGCGCUUAGACUUUUGCGUAGCAGCACCGGAUGCUGGAAGAGUGAAGCAUCAGAGCUGUGCUCUCCCCCAUCAUGCCUGUGCCCGCGGGUCAGCUCGGUGCAGGUCAGCUUGGUGCAGGUCACCUCGGUGCAGGGCUCAGAAACCUGGGACCGAGUUCCUCCGCUGCGGGAGCUGCUCUGCCGCCUCAGCACAACGCCCCCGCCCGGGGCUUGCCCCAGCCCCAAAGCCGAUGCGUGCGGCGGCGCCAGCGGGAGGGUGGACUGCGACCCCGAGAUGCACGUGAAGAUGUGCAAGAAGAUCGCGCAGCUCACCAAGGUGAUCUACGCCCUGAACAUGCGCCAGGACGAGGUGGAGGCCGGCGUCGAGGCCGGCGUCGAGGCGCUGAGGGAGGCGCAUGAGGAGGAGCUGCAGGGCUCAGCGGAGCCCAAGGCCAGGCCCCCGCAGGAGCAGGGCCGCGCAGAGGAGGAGGCCCUGCUGCAGCGCGUGCAGGCGCUGGAGAGCGCCCUGGAGCUGCAGCGGCGGCUCACUCGGGAAGCGCAGGCCGAGUCCGCCGCGUGCCGGCUGGAGACCAAGGAGCGGGAGCUGCAGGCCGAGGCAGAGCACGCCGAGCGCGUCCUGGCGCUGUCCAGGGAGAUGCUGGAGCUCAAGGCGGACUACGAGAAGCGGCUGCGGCACCUGGCCGGCCACGAGCCCCCGCAGUGGAGCCGGCUUUCCCAGGAGAGCCCCGACGCCCAGGCGGAGCCCGCCGGGGGCCCCGAGAUGCAGGAGGUCCUGCUGGAGGUGGAGCGGCUGCGGGCUGAGAACCGGCAGCUGAGCCAGGACUACGCGCGCAAGGCUGCGGACCUGCAGGCCGCCUACGAGCGCGAGAACGAGGCCAUCCGGCAGGCCAUGCAGCAGUCCGUGAGCCAGGCCCUGUGGCAGUGGCAGGAGAAGGAGGCCGACCGUCGCAAGACCUUCCAGGUGCAGGAGUCGGGCCUGCAGGCGCAGGUCCGAAAGCUGGAAGCGGACCUGGAGCACAGAGGCCGCAAGAUCAGCGACCUGAGGAAGUACGCGCAACGGCUGAAGGAGCGCGUUCAGGACCUGGAUGUGCAGCUCAAGGUGGCUCGGCAGGAGAACUCGGAGCUGAAAAGCACUGCCCAGAAACUUGGGGAGAAGCUGGCUGUGGCCAAAGAGAGGCUGGUGCUACAGAAGAGUCGCGGGACACGGAGCCCCGACGGCAGGAAGACCGCGUCGGCUUCAGAGAGCGCAGGCCCCGGGGAAGGCAGUGACCUGGACGUGCACAGUCCUCACCCUCAGCAGGACUCCAGCCCCCACAAGGAGAGUCCACACACGGAAGGAGGCCCAGACCCACAGACCAAGAAAGAGGCUAGCGUUGAAGCGGAGUACACGAGACAGCGAUACGAAGACGACCUGCGUAGUAGGGUCAGACACCAGACAGAAGAGGAGUGGCGUCUCGGGGGCCAGCUGGGGAGGCAGCUGGGCGACCCGGUGAAGAGGCACACCAUGGAGGUCAAGGCCCGCGCGGCCAUGGGGGCAGAGAGGAAGAGGCUGCAGAAGGAAGCAGAGGCGCAGCUGGAGGACGUGAAGAGGAACUCGGAGAAGGAAGUGAAGCAGCUGGAGGAGGAGAAAGUGGCCCUUGGCACCAAGCUCCAGAACUCUCUGCAGGAGGUUUUAAGGCUGGAAGAAUUUAUCCGACAAAACAAGGUGUGGCCACAGAGCACUGAGGAAAGGCCCCAGGAGUGGGACGGCCAGCACCACAGUGUUUUGGAGACUCAGGAUCCGGGCUUGAAGCCAGAUGGACCUUCUCAGCCACUGCCCAGAGAGGGAAAGGACCAAGAGACGGCAGCGGAGGAAGGAACCAGCGGCGAGGAAGAAGACAGGAUCGAAGUUCCGAUGGAGGAGCGCAGUGACCCGCCCCCGCCCCUGGGCUUCCUCCUGAAGGACACGGCCCCCGAAGACCGCCGUCUGCAGGAGGCCAGGCUGCAAGCACAGGCCACGAAGGAGCGCGUGUGGGAGGAGGGCGGCCACAGCCUGCAGGCCCAGCAGCAGGCGCACCGGUUGGAGCUGGAGCUGCGGGCCCUGGAGGAGAAGGCCCGGCAGGACCUGCAGGAGCAGGAGCGCACGCAAGCGCAGCAGGCUCUGCUGCUCGAGUCCCUCAGGCAGGAGCUGUCAGCACAGCGGGCCGCCUGCUCUGGGCACCAGAAGGACUUGGAGGCACUGCAGGCUGAGCUGAGGGCUCUGGGCACUCGCCAGGCCACCGGCCAGCGUCCAGGGAGCGGCGAGGACCAAGCCGCCAGCACAGAGGACGCGGGUGGCGCCGACCAGGGUCCCAGCGCAGGACGCCAACUACAGGCAGAGAAUGCGCAGCUCACGGAGGCGGUGAGGCGGCUGCGGGCGGAGGUGGAGCGGCACCAGCAGGAGGCGCUGCAGCUCCGCGACCAGCACAGGCUCCUGGAGGAGGGGCAGGCCCAGCGGGCCCAGGAGGUGGAGGCGCUGCGGCGGGAGCACCGGCAGGAGAUGCAGGCCGCAGUGGCGGAGUUCAGUGGCACCCAGGCCCGGCUCCAGGCACGGCUGGCUGCCCUGGAAGCAGAGCUGAAAGACCCCGGAGAGAAGCCCGGGAAGGCAGCGUCCAGGCCUGAGGACCUCCAGCUCAUCGGGCGUCUGCAGGCCCGCCUGAAGGACAGGGAGGACAUCAUCAAGCAACUGGCGGAAGAGCGAAGGCUCCACUGCGCCGCGUUCCCCAGCGCUGUGUCCCACAGGAAUCGGUCCUUCUCCUUCCACCCUCACCCGGGGUGCCUGACCCCCUCCAUGAAGAAAAAGAAGAUGGAGGAGGCGCCCAGCCGUGUGGUGAGUGUGCCCAACCUCGCCUCCUACGCUAAGAACUUUCUGAGCGGGGAUCUGAGCUCCAGGAUCAACGCCCCUCCAAUCACCAAGUCUCCCAGCCUGGAUCCCAGCCCCAGCUGUGGCCGGCCUUACAAACCCACCCAGCCGCCAGAGGCAAAAACCGCCACCAGGACCCAAGAUGGCGACACUGCGCAGCCCAAAGAAGCCCAGCAGAAACAGGGCUCCCCGCACCAGGAGUGGUUCACCAAGUACUUCUCCUUCUGAGCUGAUCUGGGGCACACCAGGAGGGCGCUGGAGAGCCACCCCUGUGGAAACGCCCAGUGGAGAAGGACCUGUAAUACGACCGGGGGCCGGCGACGUGCUUGUCGUCCCCACGCAGAGAGGAGCCUCAGCGCGUCGGCGCUCGCCUGUCACGUGCUGUUGUGGCAACUGGGCACCGAGCAAUGCCGUCCCAGAGCCGCUGCCGUCACUGGUGACCCGCUCACGGGAUUCGUGGUGCCCACGUCCACCUGCGCCGUGGGUGCCGCGCUCGCAGUGGCCACGGUCUACUUCCACGGUCUACUUCUGUUUCUCCUGCGAUGCGCGCCACCUCCACUGACAUGUUUCCAUGUAAAGUGCCCUAAUUCCGAAACGCACAAUGACCUCAACAGGAAGACGUCGAAAGCGAAAUUCAGACUAGAGGACAGCAGAUCUGAAAAGCACCGAGCCUCGCAGGCCCGGGCUGCAGCAUGCUGGCCAGGUGCUGCAACCGAGCUGCCACACUCCACGCGUGCCGCCGCGGCCGGGACGAGCUGCAGACUGCAGAGUAACACCUACCUCAGCAGGGGCUUCGCUUGCACCCAGAGAGGACUUGGGUGGCUGCCCUCGUGAGCUGGACUGGGCCCCGCAGGGCUUUUCUGCCACUGGCCAAGCUCAGCCCUCCCUCUCAUCCCAGUUCAGUGACUGCAGCGCCGGACACACCUGACCGUCCGGGAAGUUCCUGGAUGUGUGUUUUGACGUCAAAGAUCUCCUGAGCCUCUGGUCUGUGUUCGAGCCCUCGGCCUCAUGGUACAUUGCUUCCCCGUUGCAUGGAUGCCCGGUGGGUUCAGGGCACCUGCCCAGCGCACACUGAGCUGUCUGACCCUCUGACAGAGUGGCGGCUUGACGAGGCUCUGACCUCGCAGUGGGCAACACGUUAUCAGUCCUUUGGUGCUGGCCAAGGCGUGGCCCCCCGACAUCAAUUCUGUGCACUGUCAACUCUUGGCUGACUAAAACGUUAACCCACUGGGCAAUAAAAGCGGCUGUGAUUGCAUUGCUUUCCUACAGAAAGGCAAAAUUAGAUGAAGACACAGCUUAGAAAUAGAAGCUCACAUUAACCUCUAACAGGUCAUCCUCAAGUAAAAAGUAGAUUAUGGGGUCAGCACGUGGCAUGGUUAAGGUGCUGAACUCUCAUGUGGCCAACCGCAGUUCAAGUCCUGGACCGAGCAGCUUGAAAAUCACAGCAGGUAUGUGCACAUGCGUGCCCAAGAUCCCAGGAGAAUGGAGACCGCAGAGUGGCUCCCCACCCUGGGCGGUGAUUACUGUUUCCCUCUAUCUGUCUCUGGCAAGUACACGCAUCCCAUGGCAAAAAGAAAACAAACCCAGGAAUAUAUGGCUGAUUACCUACUUAAAUGUUAUUUGGAGAGAACUGUAAUGAAAAUUCAAAUCCAGAAAUUAAAUAUAAACUUGCUACCUAACCAAAACAAAGUCCCAAUAAAAAAUUUUAAUGUAAA